AUGAUAUCAUUUGCAAAUCGAUAUCGCCACGAUAUUUAUUUAACAUCAUUAUUAUAUCAAUUCGCAGAUUUAGAACAGACUGAAGAGGAUAAAGAAAUGGCUAAAUUAUAUACGAAUCAACUUUUAUUAAUGUUAAGAUCAUGUCCACUUGAUGAUAAAGAAUUUAUAGAAGGAAAUAAUAUACUACAAUGGCUUUUUGCUAAUAAUAUAUUAAGAGAUGAAUACUCAUUUCGCAAGCUUUCUGUAUUUUUACAUAGUCCAAAACCAGUAAAAUUAAGAAUUUCUUUGGGAAAAUCUGAUGAAAAGGAUUAA